AUGACUUCUCUUGCCUCUUCUACCAUUGCUCUGAUGUCGUUCAUUUUGCCCUGGUUCAGAAAGAAACCCAAGGCACCAGCUGACGAGACAAUGGAGGAAAUGUCGCCUCCACUCAUUGAUAAGCUGUUACGGCAAAGAGGCAUUUGGGUGGAAGAGAUCCUUCCCUUCUUGGGAAUAGGGCACUAUGGAUUUGUGGCUCCGGUCAACAAGAAAAUGAAACAAUACUAUUUGGAGUAUUGUGAUUCUGUGAAGAAUCCACCAUUGGCAACAUACUGGUUCCGUAGCAGCGAGGGCGGUUCAUACUUGUCUCCGACGAAGCCAAUAACCAGCACCUCUACAUUAUCCAGCGCUGUAUUCUACAGUGCGUCAUGUGCUGAAUACUGGUACCAAGACAGUGAUGGCCACAAUGCCAUGGGUACUCAACUGGCCACAAUGAUUGCCUCAACUGGGAAUUUUCGAGUUAUCGAUUGGGCCAACAAUACAUGGGGCAGACAUUGGCGGGGAUGGGAAUUUGCUGAUGCUGCCAGAAAUGGUCACUUUGAAGUCCUGAAAUGGGCACAUGCACAUGGAUACAUGCUCAAAAGGUGGUACGGGCACUUGGACCCGCUUAGUUCCCUUUGGGGCGUUUGUAAUGGUGCAGCUGCAGGCGGACAUUUGGAUAUUAUCAAAUGGUGUAGGGAGCUUGGAUGUUCUUGGAACAGCAAAGCUUGUGCUUCUGCAGCAGGAGGAGGUCAGAUGGAGAUUCUACUGUGGUUGCGCGCAAAAGGAUGCCCUUGGGAUUCACUGACAUGUGCUCAGGCUGCUCGAAAUGGCCAUUUCAAAAUUCUCAAAUGGGCCCGUGAAAACGGCUGUCCCUGGGAUUCACAGACGUGCCACGGGGCUGCGGAAGGUGGGCACUUGGAAAUUCUGAAAUGGGCCCAUGAGAACGGCUGUCCCUGGAAUAGAUUGACAUACAGAGGUGCUGCGGAUGGUGGACACUUGGAAAUUAUCAAAUGGGCUCGUGAAAAUGGUUGUCCAUUGGAUGACAAAACACUAACCGGUGUCUUUUAUGGAGCAACCCAAAACGGUCAUAUUGAAACUCUGAAAUGGGCUUUUGAAAAUGGAUGUCGCUUUCAAGCUUGUGCAAUGGAGGGAGCUGUCUACAAAGCUAUACAAUAUGGCCAUCUGGAACUCCUCAAAUGGUUGCUCGCGAAUGGUUGUCCAUGGUAUGAGGGCACGUGCUGGGUUGCUGCUAAUUGGGGUCACUUGGAUAUUCUGCGGUGGGCUCAUGCAAAUGGAUGCUCAAAUGGAUGCACAGUUGGAUACACAAAUGGAUGCACAGAUGACGACAAAGAAUGGCAGGAUGCUGUUGUGCUCAAGGCGAGACAACAUAGUUUUUGA